GGGUAGGGUUGUAGUACCGGUGUACCGUUGUGAGUAAGAAAGACACAUCGAUCGACGCUUAGAAGAAUCAGGAGGGAGGGAUUUGGGCCCAGUACUCAUCAGAUCAGAUCGCACAAUUACUCGGUUGGUCGAGGCACCCAGUCUCGCGAGAGGGAGGGAGAGAGCAGGGAGGGCAGGCAGUUGACAGAUCGGGGAGAGAGAGAGAGAGAGAGAGAGAGAGAGAGAAAUUCUGAGAAACGAGUCGAAGAGAGAGGAGGGAGGUAGGAGGAAGGAGGACGAGGGGGGAGGAGAGAAGAUUUGAAAUGGGAAGGUUACUGCAAGGGGUGGCGACGCUGAUCCAGGGGUUUAGGAUGUUGAGGAUGCACAUGCCACAUAUUGCGCACUUUUUGCUCAGGCGAUAUCUUCUGCUUUCUCUGUGAAAUCGGGCCCUUCCGUCGUUGCGGUGCAGCGAGGUCCAAUUGGAGUCCAGGAGGAGUAGUUCGGGUUUAGGAUAGUUCGGUCGUGCUGCGCCGCGUCGGGUGCGGGUUUACAGAAGUUCCGGGUUCUCUCCGGGAAAAAAAUUUAGUGGGAUACGGGGUUCUCUCUCUUUCUAGGCUAGGCUAGGUGGCCCUCUUUGUCACUGGCAUGUUCGAACUUAUGCCAGGUCCGAUUCUCGAAUUCUCUCAUCCCCUCGGGCGUAAGAAACUUGUCGGUAAGACGCGAAGCGACGGACUCAGAUCAGGUGGAUCUGCGCGGCUCAUGUGUAUAGUCCAGUCGGACAGCGGCGAGUACAACGUGAGGUCCUCUGAUCUUUUUGACCUGCUUGAAGCCUCGGGCUAAAUGCAUGGCGUGAAGCUAGUCAUCUGCCAUGUGCGCUUCAAGCUUAAGCUUCGGCGACUGCAAUUCGGUGGCGGCGUUUGACUCUCCCAACGACGAUUGUACACACAAUUGUACACCUUUUCUUUCUCUAGUGGCAGUUUCUUACCAAAAUAUUUCCGCGGUCCGAGAAUUCAGACUUGGCUUUCUUGCCCGCCCACCAAUUUAACAGGUCGUUUUACUGACAUUUGCUUGCCUUUCGAGCUGGAACUGGACCUUUAACAAUUUUGCGUAGUUUGCAGAGGCCUGUCUGCUGGCCAACUUACCCUUUCUAGUCCCUGCUCUUUAGCCUCCAGAGACAUCACUCGAAGAAUGGGAUUGCGCUGCUUCUCGACAGUACAGAGGAAUUCGAUGAUUGCAGCGUCGUCCGUGAUCAGUGCUUAUUCGCCUUUCGUCGGUCCCAUACAUCUCCCUCGGAGGUUGAUGCUCGUUCCAGCUGCAGUGGGAGAGUUUUCCGCCGAACCUUCGUGACAAUCGGUCCGAGUUCCUCUCAUGCAUACAAUUCUAGUCUGCACAGAGUGCUGGAUUUGAUCGGCGAGGAGGGUCUCUCCGCGCCGAGAAUAUGGGUUCUCUAGCUGAUCCCCUACUGCCGAAGGAUGAGAAUCGUGAGAAUUGGAAGGAAGCCGAUACAGCACAAGAGGCGCUUCGUGGCUUCAGCGUGCCAGACUUAUCGACGGUAGCCCAUCAUGGAUACAGAGAGCCAGAACCUUCAGCCGGAUCAGCUCCUGCAAGGCUUCAAGGACAUGGAGUGUCAGGAUCUCCCAGCGUACCAGAUUUGACGGUGUAUCAUGGAAACAAUAUGUAUGGAUCUCCGAGCGUGCCAGAUUUACGAGUGGUUUUGCAACGUGAGCGCAGAAUUGCUCGAUCUUCAAGGCCUUCGACGGCGUCCGGGUUUCGCGAGCACAGACCAAGCGGUCAUCAGCACAGAAACAAAUAUCCAGGAUCCCCAAGGCCAGAUAAUAGAUUGCAGGACCUCACAAAGGCGCUUGAGAAUCAUGAGCUCACAAGAGCGAUCGUGAACCACGAGAGCAGUCUGCCAGAAAGCACCUUGCCCGAUCCUACGCUGCCUGUGAAUAAUGAAAAACUCAAAGUUCUCGAUCACACGAGGCACUCCAAGAAUCAUGAAACCGCAAUACCCAUCGCGCCCAGGCCGUCUCAGCAUCAUUCCGCGCACCGUCCUCCUCUCCCACGUAAGACACGGCUUGGAUCGCUUCCAAAGAUUCUCAAAGCGCGGAGGGUUUAUCGAAGGCUUCUUUCUCAUCCAGGAGAUGAGCUGCAGCGAUUCCGCGCGAGUCUCCUGUUUCUGGGACUCGACCAAUCCACAUCGACUCGGAUGGCUUUUUCCUGGCUCUUCUUCCUUCUCUUUACCCUGGUGGUGCCUGCUGUCAACGCCUUCUUCGUUUCGUGUCAAAAGUGCGACGACGAUCACAGUCAUCCGUUCCAACUUCUCGUCGAUUAUUCGGAAUCUGCCCUAGCAGCUGUUUCCUUUCUAUGUCUCUCCAGCAUAUUACGGAAAUUCGGUCUGCGGAAGGUUCUGCUGUUGGAUAAAGUGUGCGAUGAUUCGAUGGACGUUCGAAACAACUACGAAACGGAGCUUCAGAAUGCCUUCAAGUUGCUGGCAUGGAUUCUCCUCCCCUGUAUCAUUGUUGAGCUCAUUCACAAAGGAUGGUGGUACUUAUACGUCUCAGUGGAGUUGCCUUUUCUUGCAAAGGACCCUAUUCUCAACGUCUUCUUGUGCAUCGGGAGUAUCGUGGCAUGGCUGUACAAGUCGAUGGUGUUUCUCUUCGUAUGCGUACUCUUCAGGUUAAUGUGUUCUCUUCAAAUAUUCCGGCUCCAAGGAUAUAUCAAACUUCUGGAAGAAACAACUGACGUGGGUGUUAUUCUUCAAGAGCACAUGCGUAUACGGGAUCAGCUUUCGACUAUAAGUCACAGAUUCAGGGUGUUUGUUGUCCUCUCCAUGCUGACGAUCACUCUCAGCCAACUGUAUUCCCUCUUUGUCAUUUCUGAUGCACAGAACAAUAUCAACUUUUUUAGAGCGGGUGACUUGGUGGUGUGCUCAAUUGUGCAGCUAAGCGGUUUUGUGAUAUGUCUCCAUGGAGCAGCAAAAAUAACUCACAGAGCGCAAAAGAUCAUGUCUAUAGUGACACAGUGGCAUGCGGUCGUGACUUGCAGUCCUAAUGCUAUGCUUGUAUCUACGAUGGACUUGAACGCAUCAAGUCGUUCUCUCGGCCCCGCACAUCCACUUCUGUACAAUGAAGCCACAGGAGAUUUAGAAGCAUCCAUCAAUGUGACAACCAGACCACCAGUGCAACCUACACAUGACUCGGAGGAAUAUCACAAACGGCAGGCUCUCGUGAACUAUCUCCAGUUUUCCAAUGCAGGCAUCUCUCUCUAUGGUUUUAGCUUAGACCGGAGUUUUCUGUAUGCUGCGUUUGGCAUUCAGGUCACUCUCACUUUGUUUGUUCUCUGAUUAGGCUAGAUGACUGAUGGUGGGUGGUGCUUGGUGCUAUUGGUUUAUGCUGCAGCAAAUUACAUGCAGUUUUCCAAUGCAGGCAUUUCGCUCUUUGGUUUUGUACUGGACCGAGGUUUCCUCUUCUCUGCGUUUUGCAUUGAGUUAAACCUCAUGUUGUAUAUUCUCGGACGCCUUCUACUAACUUAAUGCACUGCACAAUGGCAGUUGUUUCAUCACCUCUUCUCAAGAGCAAUCUUUACCAAUAUGUUUGACAAGUGUACGAGUCAGGUUGAAAGAAAUCAGUAGGUGAUGUACUGUUAUCAGCCUGCAUCUGUAGAUUGCCGCUCUUUCUUACAAGCACUUAGUCUAGCUCAGUGGCAAAUACAUGAUGUACAGUUAAGUCCGUUUCGUAGUACUUGGAAGGAUUGUAUUGUGAUUGUCCUCCACAAAUUAUACGUCCAGUUACCUAGUAAGGAAGGAAUUUGUCGAGAAGUCGAAGCGUGUUAGGAAAGAUGGUGAUUUAUCUUGGUCUAAGGUGAUCGCAGCUCAGUGUACUUACAACUGUUUUAGAAUUAACAGCAGGGAGGUCUUGGGAGUGAAGAGCAUAUGUGUAUCUUCUCAAUCUUCUUCUGUGAGUCUGCUCUUUUCAAGUUGGAAGGCUUUUACUGCUGUGGUUCUCAAUGAGUUUUCUGCUAGCGAUGAGAUUCUGUGAUGGCCCAGAAGGUUUCGUGUCUUUCAUCCUCAAGGAAAAGAAGAGGAUAGAUAAAAGGAAGUGAAAGAGUGGGUGGGACCAGAGUUAUAAUACCGGAUUUAGGACAUUUACUUUCUCACGGACGUCAGGAACUGGGAACGUGGGUUCCCAGUAGGGUGUGAACUGUAUAAUUUUCACCGUUCUCAACGUAGCAAAUAGAACUGGCGGUCCAUGG